AGCAAUCAUUACUUGUAACCAAAAUGUUUGUACCCCCAUAAUGGUCUGAAAUAAUAAAAAAGAUAGUAAGGCAUCUGCCAGAAGCAUGGAAAUUGGCAUGUUAUUGAAAAGAGGAGUGUAAAUAACAAAAAGUUGAGAUGGUCCGAUAGUAACCUGGGGACCAAAGAAAAGUGAACGACAUAGAUUAAUUUCCUUGGGGUAUAAAAUUCUAAGAACUCACAUUUCACUUUCCAAAUCCAAAUAACACUAUUGUUAAGCUGCUUGGGAAGAAAGAGUACAAUGGAGGACAAUUGUAACGUAGUGUGGGAAAAUGUCAUUGGUGGAAUAGUCUUGCAGUCAUACUCAUUCAGUUAAAGGUAGACACUUGGAAAUGAAAGAAAAGAGUCUCUUGCUUCUCACCGUACUUUGGUUUUAUAGGGACAAUCAAUCUCAUUGCUUACCUAUCAAUUCUUUUGGGGUAAGAUGCUAAAGAUACCACAGAAGAACAUGAAACACAAAAUAAAACUAGAAGCUAUGGGAGUUAUAACUUUCAGGAGUUAGAAGAAAAGGAAACAGAGUAGAAUAGCAAUACACAUGAAGCUGAUAUGUCAAGAAUUUUUAUGCUACAUCUUCUGUGAUCACCAACAUUAUCUUUCAUUUGUAUGUUUCUCUGUAUAUUAUUUUAUUUGGUUCUCAAUUCUAAUGAGGUAAAUGAGGAAAAUAUUGUGACCAUUUUAUAAAAAUGGAAACUCAAAGCAUGCGAUACCAAUAAGCAUCUUGAACGAGUUUAUCUCUGUCCUUUGACGAGUAAAAAGCACUUGGUUUGGAUGAAUAAAAUUCAAGUUAAAAGAAAUUACAGCGGGACUAAAGAUACAGCAAAUAUUUAAAAUGUCUUAAGAAUCCUCGUAAAAUGGGAAGAAUGAGUAUCCGUAUACAGCCGAAUUUCCUCCUAACCAGCUCCUUCUUUGGAGCCGGUUUAGUCACCACUACUGCAGUUGCGCAGCAGAGGCGCGGGGUGCCGCUGUUGGCUAGUUCCGAGCGAAGGGUUUGCUCCCUCCCUGGCCUCGGAAUUGCCCGCACACAGGGAACUUGGGGAGAAAAGUGCACCCUCUCUCCCGCCUCCUACAGAGGCGAUAUCCAUCAGAGAACUCAUACUCCAAGACCAAGAAAGUAGUCUUUCUUGCUCAGAGAACUCUUGGGAUCGUUUAGAGAUCUCCUCUCCUGCGAAUUAGAAAGGCAUAGGCGCAGGGGGUGAGAUGAGAAAUAUUUUAGGACCUAGGGGCGCAGCAGGGUGGAGGCGAAUGCCAUGUCUCUUCCUGCUGUCUUUGUCCUGCCAGGCCUUCUGAGAACAGAUCCACUACGCUAUUCUUGAGCAGCUGGCCAGGGGCUCGCUGGUGGGGAACCUCGCCAAGGAUGGGGGCUUGGCCUACGGGAUUUGCCUGCUCAGAACCUUCGAGUUAACUGUAGAGAAGAAUUUCUUUACCGUGAGCACCGAAAAUGGGGACUUACUUGUGAGCAAUUGUAUAGACUGACAGCAGAUUUGUGGCAAGAAGUUGACGUGUGUUCUGGAAUUCGAAAUGGUUGCUAAAAAGCCUUUAAACUUUUCUCAUAUAACUGUGCUGGUCCAGGAUGUCAACGACAGCCCGCGGACUUUGAGCCAAAAUAUUACUGAGCUGAAAAUCAGCCAACUGGCGCUCACUGGAGCCACCUUUGCCCUGGAAUCUGCCCAGGAUCCUGAUGUAGGGGUGAAUUCGCUGCAGCAGUACUAUCUCAGCCCUGAACUGCUCUUCUCUUUGAUUCAGAAGGAGAACCCAGAUGGCAGUAGGUACCCAGAGCUGGCACUGAAAGCCCCCCUGGACAGGGAAGAGCAGCUCUGCCACCACCUGGUCCUCAAGGCUAUGGACAGGGCUAGCCCUCCAGUAGCUGUACCACCCAGAUAAGGGUAAUUGUGGCAGACACAAAUGAUAACACUCACCCCAUUAUUCACCCAGAACAUGUACAGGGUCAGUGUUCCAGAGAACCUGCCCACCAGCUUCUGGGUAUUAAGAGUGAUGGCCACUGACCCACAUGAGGGCACGUCAAUGCCAAGAUCAUCUAAGUCUUUGUCAAUAUUGGUAAGGCAGUGAGACAGCUAUUCAAGCUGGACAGUAAAACAGGGGAACUCACCACUAGUGGAGGACUGGACUUUGAAGAGAGAGAUAGCCACACAAUCGGGGUGGAAGCAAUGGAUGGUGGACGUCACACUGCACAUUGUAAAGUACAGAGGUUUUGGAUGAAAAUGACAAUGCUCUCUAGAUAACUCUGGCUUCUGAAUCUCAACAUAUUCAAGAUGCUGAGAUGGGGACUCCUGCUGCCCUGAUCAAAACACAUGACCCAGAUUCUGGAUUUAAUGAAGAAAUCCUGUGUCAACUAAAAGGCAAUAGUUCAAGAUACAAAACACAUGGGUUGAUGAUUCCGGACUACAAUGUCACUAUCACGGUCACAGACAAAGGCAAUCUGUCCCCUCCUCCAGCAUGUGCAUCGCCCUGUACAUUGCUGACCUCAACUGCAAUGUUCUGGUUUUCCACCAGGUCCCAUAUGGCCCAGGUAACUGAGAAUAACAACCCCCCCCAGCCUCCAUUGCGCAAGUCAGCGCCUCAGAUCCCAACUUGAGGCCUAGUAGCCUCCUCUCCUACGCCAUCUGGCCAAGGACCUCUAGCCACGGGCUCAAUCUUCCUAGGUGCCGGUGAGCACGCAGAGCGGGGUGGUGUUUGCACGGUGCGCCUUCACCUUCCAGCUGGCACUGCAGACCCGCCAUCCGGGCUCCCAGCGUUCAGCACUGACGUGAGCCUGCGCAUGUAUACCUGGCGCUGGGGACCAACAGCAUGGCGCUCUUUAUGGUGCCCAAUGCGAUGGCUACUUGGUCACCAAGGUGGUGACGGUGGACGCCGACCAGGGAUAUGAUGCCUGGCUGUCCUACUAUGUGUUGCAGGCCAGCGAGCCUGGGCUCUUCAGCCUGGGGCUGCGCACGGAUGAAGGUGUGCACAACGUGUGCUUUGAGCGACCGACCGGGAUUCGGCUGGCCAACUCCUGCUGGUCUCCAUGGGAGACCCAGGACAGCCGCCUCUUUCCGCCACCGCCACUCUGAACCUAAUCUUUGCGAGUAGCUUGCAAGAGAUACAGCCUGACUUUAGCGAUGGCCCCACGAGCCCUCUGACUCCAAAGCAGAGCUGCAGUUUCACCUAGUGGUGACUUUGGCCUUGAGCUCUGUCCUCAUGUUUCUCGUGGUGAUUAGGCGAUCGCCCUGCGCCUGCGUGGCUCCUCCAACCCCGCCGCCGCUGAGACUGCUUCCAACCUGGUCUCUGCUUCAAGACUGUACCUGGAGUUCUCCCCAACUGCAGUGCAAGGACUUUGCCUUAUUCGUACAGUCUGUGUGCUGCCUCACAUUCCUCAAAGUUUAAAUUUCUCAAUACAUGUUGGAAAAUGCUACAUCACAAGAUCUUUUCUGUGAUGAAGGCUCUUGAUUUGAAAGUACUGAUAAUGACAAUCCCAAAAUGGUUUCUAAUUCAAGCAAUUUGCAACAAGUGAGUUUCUUCAAACCUUUCCUCCCAUAAAUAUAAUUAGGCUUCAAUGCAUUGAUUUAGAGAUUAAAAGUGUACAGAUUAAAUAUGCUCUGAUUUCAUUGUGUUUUAUUGAUUUUCUGGGCAUGGGGGGGUGUUGGAAAAUUCUUUGUAAGCUUGGCUAUGUUGCAAUUGUUCUUUCAUAGAAUGUCUCCUUGUGAUGGUCUUGAAAUUUUAGUUAGUCCUAAAACAAUAUAAUCAGAAACACUUUUGUUCCUCUUUUAACAUAAAAUAAACUUUAUUUUAUGUACUUUAUUUAUUUUCAUUUUAAUAGAUUUAGGGGAUAUAACUUGAAUUCUGUUACCUGAAUAUAUUGUGUAGAGGUGAAGUCUGGGCUUUGGGUGUACCCAUCACCCAAAUAGUGUAUAUUGUAUCCCAUAGGUAAUUUUUCAUCCCUCACCCCCACCAGCCUCCUCACUCUUGAGUCUACAGUGUCUGUUAUAACACUCUGUGUACUUUUGUGUAGUCACAGUUUAGCUCCUACUUGUGAGAACAUGUGGCAUUUAUUUUUCUGUUCCCACAUUACUUCUCUUGGGGUAAUGGCCUCCAGUUCCAUCAAAGUUGCUGCAAAAGACAUUAUUUCAUUCUUUCUUAUUGCUGAGUAGUACUCCAUGAUGCACACAUACAAACCAUAUUUUCCUUAUCAUUCAUCAGUUGAUGGACACUUAGGUUGAUUCCAUAUCUUUGCAACUGUAAAUUGCGCUGCAAUAAGCAUAUGAGUGCAAGAAAUACUUUUAAUACAUUCUUGUCUCACAUUAUCAUUGUGAAAUGUAUUAUCUAUUCAGGAUUAAAGGCAAAUCUAUACAACUAAAUGGUUUACUUAGUUUCAAUGCUGUUGACCCUAAAAUAUAUAUAGCAUAAUAUAUAUGUUAAGAUAUAUUUUUAAUGUAGCCUAUAUGGUUUUACUUCCUUUGCAUGUUUUAAAAAUUAUGCAUAGAUGAUGCCUACAUCAAAGUAGUUCUUGAUCUCUAGGGUAAUAAAAACAAAUAAUGACACCUAAAAAUGGCAGCUCUUGUAACAGGCACUGUAAUGAAUUGGUUCAAAACGUGUUUGUGGUUGUUGGUGCCCUUAUUAAAAAUGGGACAAAUGUAAAUGAUGUGGGUGAUAAUUCAAGAUUUACAGAAAAAUCGUGAUAUUUCUGCUCUUCAAGGUCCUAACAGAUAUUUUCACAAACGUGAGUGAUAAAUUUCAGGGAAAAAUUACUUGAAAUAACAUCUUUUAUUCUUCCAAAUGCUUUACUGUCUUGGGGAGAGAAUUAUUAUGAGUGUCGUCCCUUUAGAUUUAGCAGAAAUAAAAUCCUCUGUGUGGCCAUUUCACAAAAAGGUGCAGUAUUCGUUUAGGACUCUAAGCGUCGCUGUUCACUAACCCGGGCAAGAAAAAUCAAUGGGAACCCGAGUUGCACCCACCAGCCACAAAGCAGGUCAGACAAGAAAGCAGAGCAGAAAUUCUGACCGGGAACGGCUCACAUCUGGUCUCUGCUUGUGCAAGAACCUUCGCCUCUAAUUCUGAGGAGCGCGAGAGUGAUGCGGACCUGUUCUUCCCUCGCCGGAUCCCAGGGAAGUCUGUAGCCAGCCGGUCAUGGCGGCUGCGCGGGGGCGCGGGCCGCGGGGCGCGCUGCUCCUGCUCCUCACGCUCCUGGGGACGCUGCGGGGGGCUGCGAGCCGGCAGCUGCGCUACUCCGUUCUCGAGGAGCUGGAGAAAGGCUCCUUCGUGGGCAACAUCUCCAAGGACCUGGGGCUGGCGCCCGGGGAGCUGGCGGGGCGCGGGGUCCGCGUGGUCUCCAGAGGCAGGACGCAGCUCUUCGCGCUGAGCCCGCGCAGCGGCAGCCUGGUCACCGCGGGCAGGAUAGACCGGGAGGAGCUCUGCGCCCAGAGCGCGCCGUGUCUGGUGAGUUUUAACAUCCUUGUAGAGGAUAAACUGAGUCUCUACCCCGUGGAAGUCGAAAUAGUGGACAUUAAUGACAAUUCACCCCGAUUCUUAAGAGAAGAGUUGGAAGUGAAAAUUCUCGAAAAUGCAGCUCCAUCCUCUCGUUUUCUGCUAAUGGAGGUCCAUGACCCUGAUGUGGGAAUGAACUCUCUUCAGGGCUUUAAGCUCAGCGCUAAUGGCCACUUCUCGGUGGACGUGCAAAGCGAAGCCAAUGGACCCAAGUACCCGGAGCUGGUGCUGGAGCGCGCCCUGGACCGGGAGGGGGAAGCCGCUCACCACCUGGUCCUCACUGCCGUGGACGGUGGCGACCCUGUCCGCUCAGGUGUGGCGCGGAUUCUCAUAACUGUCCUAGAUGCGAACGACAACGCCCCAGUGUUUUCUCAGCCUGUCUACCGUGCGAGUGUUCCUGAAAAUCUGUCAGUAGGGACGCCAGUGUUGUCAGUAAACGCCACCGACCAGGACGAAGGGGCCCACGCGGAAGUAACUUAUUCCUUCGUGAAGAUUCCGGAAAAGAUCUCACAGAUUUUCCGCUUGAAUGCCUUGACUGGAGAAAUUUCAACUUCUGCGAAUCUAGACUAUGAGGACUCUAGCUUUUAUGAGCUGGAUGUUGAAGCCCGGGAUCGGCCAGGUCUUCGGGACAGAGCAAAAGUCUUAAUAACUGUCUUGGAUGUCAAUGAUAAUGUUCCAGAGGUGGUUGUGACAUCCGGAAGCAGAACGAUUGCGGAAAGUGCGCCUCCUGGAACAGUCAUCGCCCUUUUCCAAGUGUAUGACCGAGACUCUGGACCCAAUGGCUUGGUGACGUGUUCCAUCCCGAGAAGUCUUCCUUUCGAAUUGGAAAAAACAGUGGACAAUUAUUAUCGAUUAGUGACAAAUUCGUUUCUAGACCGGGAGGAGGUGUCAUUGUACAACAUCACUGUGACAGCCACAGACAAGGGAAUGCCGCCCCUGUCCACAGAAACGCUCAUCUCUCUAAACGUGGCAGACACCAACGACAACCCGCCCACCUUCCCCCGCUCGUCCUACUCCGUCUAUAUCCCUGAGAACAACCCCAGGGGCGCCUCUAUCUUUUCUGUGACGGCUCUCGACCCGGACAGCGACGAGAACGCCCGAGUCUCCUACUCCCUGGCCGAGGACACCCUCGAGGGGGCGCCCGUGUCCUCCUUCGUCUCCAUCAACUCCAACACCGGCGUCCUGUACGCGCUGCGCUCCUUCGACUACGAGCAGUUUAGAGACCUGCAGCUCCUGGUGACAGCCAGCGACAGCGGAAACCCUCCACUCAGCAGCAACGUGUCGCUGAGCCUGUUCGUGCUGGACCAGAACGACAAUGCACCCGAGAUCCUGUACCCUGCCCUCCCCACCGACGGUUCCACCGGCGUGGAGCUGGCACCCCGCUCCGCAGAGCCCGGCUACCUGGUGACCAAGGUGGUGGCUGUGGACAGAGACUCGGGCCAGAACGCCUGGCUGUCCUACCGCCUGCUCAAGGCCAGCGAGCCCGGGCUCUUCUCGGUGGGGCUGCACACGGGCGAGGUGCGCACGGCGCGGGCCCUGCUGGACAGAGACGCGCUCAAGCAGAGCCUUAUGGUGGCCGUCCAGGACCACGGCCAGCCCCCUCUCUCGGCCACCGUCACGCUCACUGUGGCUGUGGCCGACAGCAUCCCCGAAGUCCUGGCCGAUCUGGGCAGCCUUGAGCCCUCUGCCGGUCCUUACGACUCGGACCUCACGCUGUACCUGGUGGUGGCAGUGACCACGGUCUCCUGUGUCUUUCUCGCCUUCAUCAUCGUGCUGCUGGCGCUCAGGCUGCGGCGCUGGCACAAGUCACGCCUGCUGCAGGCUGCGGGAGACGAAUUGGCCAGCAUGCCCGCCUCGCAUUUUGUGGGCGUGGACGGGGUGCGGGCUUUCCUGCAGACCUAUUCCCACGAGGUGUCCCUCACCGCGGACUCGGGGAAGAGCCACAUCAUCUUCCCUCAACCGAACUACGCAGACACGCUCAUCAGCCAGGGGAGCUGCGAGAAAAGUGAGCCUCUUUUGAUACAGGAAGAUUCAGGGUUUUGCAAAGAGGAAGUCUCCUUUGUUCCGCAAGCCCCGCCCAACACGGACUGGCGUUUCUCUCAGGCCCAGAGACCCGGCACCAGCGGCUCCCAAAAUGGCGAUGACACCGGCACCUGGCCCAACAACCAGUUUGACACGGAGAUGCUGCAAGCCAUGAUCUUGGCCUCUGCCAGUGAAGCUGCUGAUGGAAGCUCCACCCUGGGAGGGGGCGCUGGCACCAUGGGCUUGAGUGCCCGCUACGGCCCCCAGUUCACCCUGCAGCACGUGCCCGACUACCGCCAGAACGUCUACAUCCCUGGCAGCAACGCCACACUGACCAAUGCAGCUGGCAAGCGGGAUGGCAAGACCCCAGCAGGUGGCAACGGCAACAAGAAGAAGUCGGGCAAGAAGGAGAAGAAGUAAUGUGGAGGACAGGCCUUAGAGCCACAGGGCAGCCUCCCUCCCCAACCAGCCCAGCUUCUCCUUACCUGUACCCAGGCCUCAGAAUUCAGGGCUCACCCCCAGGAUACCGGUAGGGGCCAAGGCCAUGCUCCCCUUGGGAAACAGAAACAAGUGCCCAGUUAACAGCCCCCUCUCUGCCCCCAGGGGGUUGAAUAUGCAAAGGGAGUUCUUCUGGGAACCCCCAUCCAAUCAAUUGCUGUACCCAGGGGGGUAGUGGGGUUAGUGUAGACACCAAGAACCAUUUGUCACACCCCCUUUCUUUACAGCUGAACUCCUCCAUCCUCCAAAUCAAUCAGGCCCAUCCAUCCCCCGCCUCCUCCCGGCCCCGCCCUACUCCCUCAACAGUUCCUCUCCCUUGAGUAAGGUGGUUGGGGUGUUGAGGUACCAGGUGACCUAAAAAGGCUCAUAGUUCUGAAGAGUUGGAAGGACAUCAUGACCUCUUGGCUUCUCCUUCAAUUCUCAAUCUUCCCCCAAAGCAUGGUUUGGUCCAGUCCCUUCAUCUCCUUCCAGACCUGAGACCAAUGCUCAAGUUUUGGAGGACGCGGUCACCAUCCCCAUGGUACUUAUGCUUGCUGGAUUUAGGGAGAGCAUUUUGCUACCAAGCCUCUUCCCUAUGCCCUGGGGACCAGUCUUUUGUUUUGUUCUUUAUUGUUUGAUGUUCCCACUGCAUGCUGUGACUACCUUACUCCCUCCUCAAACAAGAGACUCCAUUGCAUGUUCCGAGACAGUAUGGGGUGGUAAGAUAUAGAAGGGAAGUGUGUGUAUGUAGUUGGGGGGGGGGGAUGGACCAAGCUUGACCCAUCAGUUAUCAGUGUCUUUCAGGAGGCUCUGUAUGUCCCCAGGGUACUGACCACAUCUCCAAAUUCCAGCCACAAACCAAUCACCAGGCUGGACCCUCACCCCCCAACAAAUAGGGCUCAGCCCAGGCAGCCAGCUUUGGGCCGAGCUACCAGGACCAAUGGAUUUAAACUGGCAUUUCAGACCAAGGAAUCUCUGAGAAGGUUUAGGAUCAGGUCCCCUGGAGGGGUCAGAGGGGCUUCUGUAGGUGCCGGGUACUCCAGAGGUGCCUCUGGUGGAAGCCAGCAGAGCCCCAGCAGGAAGGAAGAGCCAGCUGGUCCCUUCUUAGUCCCUGGGUUGAGAAGGCAAGAAACCAGAGCAGGGACCAGGUGGACAGACCGUCUCAGCCCAGGAUAGGGCUUCUCCACAGGGGCCCUGCCCUUCUCAAGCCUUGGUCCUUCACCUUGCCAGGUGCCAUUUCUUCUCUGUGAAGGCCACUGCCCAGGCCCCCAGUCCGCCCCCUAGUGGCCAGAGCCUGGUUAAAGUCCCCCAGUGCCUCCUUGUGCAUAGAACUUCCUCUCCCCACGCCCUUCUGCCCCCGGGGCCCCGUUCGUCCAGCGGGGCUGCCAGCGAACCCCACCCCAGCCCUACGGUAGUGUAGAGCCCUCUCCCCCUUUCGGCUGGUGUAGAAUAGCCAGUAGUGUAGUGCGGUGUGCUUUCACGUGAUGGCGAGUGGGCAGCGGGCGGCGGGCUCCGCGCAGCCGUCCGUCCUCGAGCCUGCCUGCGGCGGCCCGUGCUGUGUUUCGUGCUGUGUCCGCGCGCUGCGGCGCCCCCUCCCCCGUACUGACUCCUAUAAGCGCUUCUCUUCGCAUAGUCACGUAGCUCCCACUCCGCCCCCUUCCUGCGUCUCACGCAAGUUUUAUACUCUAAUAUUUAUAUGGCUUUUUUUCUUCGACAAAUAAUAAAAAGGUUUCUUCUGAA